AUGGCACCUGCUCAAUCUGCAGAGCGCGAUGUGGACAGUGAGUUUGCGCUUCACAAGCAAGCAAUUAAACUUGCCCAUAACCGCAAACUUGCAGACAUAGUUACUGACAUUAAUGAAGUCGAUAUGACUCACGAGGACGAUGACGAUCAGGGCGAGCGCAUGAUUAAUGAAGAGUACAAGACAUGGAAGAAGAACAGCCCGUUCUUAACGGCUCUGACUUGGCCUACUCUGACGGUCCAAUGGUUUCCCGACGUCAAGGAGCCAGAGGGCAAGAAUUACUCAGUUCACCGCCUCCUACUUGGCACUCACACUUCAGACGAGAGCCCCAACUUUCUUCAAAUUGCCAAUGUUCAGAUUCCAAAGGCUGUAGCGCCCAAUCCCAAGGACUACGAUGACGAGCGAGGCGAGAUUGGUGGCUACGGUAAGCCUGGUGAUGUCGCUGCUAUCAAGUGCGAGAUUGUUCAGAAGAUCGAGCACCCCGGAGAAGUUAACAAGGCUCGAUAUCAACCUCAGAAUCCUGACAUCAUCGCCACUCUUUGUGUCGAUGGCAAAAUCCUUAUCUUCGAUCGAACCAAGCACCCUCUCCAGCCCACUUCCCUUGGAAAGGUCAACGCGCAGAUUGAGCUUGUUGGACACAAGGCCGAAGGUUUCGGCCUGAACUGGAACCCUCAUGAGGAGGGGUGUUUAGCGUCUGGUAGCGAGGAUACCACAAUGUGUCUUUGGGACUUGAAGACCCUUAAGGGUGAUUCGAGGAUCCUCAAUCCUUCUCGCAAGUACACUCAUCACACUCAGAUCGUCAACGACGUUCAGUAUCAUCCAAUCUCAAAGAACUUCAUCGGCUCUGUGUCCGACGACCAGACCCUCCAAAUCGUCGACGUACGUCACAGCGAGACCGCCAAGGCAGCAGUUGUUGCUAAGCGCGGCCAUCUUGAUGCGAUCAAUGCUCUGGCGUUCAACCCCAACUCGGAAGUGCUCGUGGCCACUGCCUCAGCCGACAAGACAAUCGGCAUCUGGGACCUCAGAAAUGUCAAGGAGAAGGUCCACACUUUGGAAGGCCACAACGAUGCUGUUACAUCCCUAGCCUGGCACCCAACUGAGGCCGGUAUUCUAGGAAGUGCCAGCUAUGAUCGAAGAAUCAUCUUUUGGGAUCUUUCGCGGGUUGGCGAGGAGGUGUUGCCCGACGACCAGGAUGAUGGCCCCCCUGAAUUACUGUUCAUGCACGGUGGCCAUACAAACCAUUUGGCUGACUUCAGCUGGAAUCUCAACGAGCCUUGGCUUGUGGCAAGCGCUGCGGAAGACAAUCUGCUGCAGAUCUGGAAGGUAGCCGAGUCCAUUGUCGGUAAGGACGACGGCGACUUGCCUGUCGAUGAGCUCGACCGAUAG